GGAGCACCAAAGUUUCUUAGCUUCCCACAGAUAAGAAGACCACAAAUUUGCCCAAACAUCGAACCAUCAUGUUCUCGGAGACAGAGUCAUGCCCGUACAUCUUCUCCUCGAAAUGGAUCAGCCACGAGGACAACUGUGCCACCGCCUAUCACAAUUGCAUCACCUGCAAACACUGCAUGGCAAACAUCAAUUAUUGGGGCGCAGUGGAUGAGGUCUUGCAGUCGACGGAGCCGCCGGCUAUCCAUCCUCCUGAUUCGAACCCGUACGAACUGAAUCAGCUGCAAGUUCAUGAAAUGGAUACAAAUGCCACGCGCAAGAGUCGGCAGCCGAAGCCUUGAGCCGCACGCUUGGGAACCGAGGGUGAUAUUUGGCCGCUGGGUACCUAAAUUGCCUUUCAAGACCAAGAUAAAGGCAUAUUCAUCGACAUCUAAUCGGGUAUGGCUAGUUCAACAUGAAUUAACGACGAAAGAGGCCAAGCCGUGCUGGGCAGAUUGUCUGGUGCACUCGGCGUGGUCUCGCAGGCACAGCACCGCCAACAUUGAAGUGGUGGUGGCCCUGCUUGAGGCUGCAGAUCAGAAAGGGGCAUCCCGAGCUGAUGGGGCGAUCAUCAAUGCUUGUCUUGCGAGCCUGCGUGCGCAUCACGAUGAGCUUGUGCGCGAGCUUGAUUAACAAUGACUCGGUGUGUGGGUCAGAAACGAUAGCAGAGGGCACGUGGGGGCUUAGUGCUCAAGUGGGAGAAAGCGCCCGCGAAUUUCCCAACAUGGGAUCGACACCCCGUCGACGAAAUUUCAAUACGCUGGGUAUGUACCUGCAUUGAAUGUAAUUGACACAGGGGUGGAUCCAGCGCCCGCGGUAAUACGAAACCGAGUGGAGCCGAAACAUUGGAAACAUUGGAAGAUCCGCCGCCUUGGCAUCAUCCGGAUAUUUCGCCUGCGGCAGUCCUGAGCAAGGGGAUCGGGGGCUGACUCCUGCUUCUGCCCACCAGGACCGAUGAUCAUCGAACCCGCUCUGGCGGCUCAGGGUGUUGGCAGGGUGUUGGCAGGAUGUUGGCAGGAUGUUGUUCUUUGGGCCUUGGCCUCCACCGGCAGCCUUCUCUUAAAGAAGCAGCCCUCUCGUCCUCCUCUUCUCAGCAGUUCUUUCGUUGUCAUCAUCUUCACUCCUUCUUGUCUUGUGUGACAUUCCUCAUUCGCUUUUCAUAGUCUUUCUUCAUUGGAUCCUGGAACUACACGAUACCGGUAUCGUGUAUUUGGUCCUUCCCAACCCUCUUGUCCCAGAUCCACACGUUCAUUUGCUUGCCAGACCAAGCCAGAAUGCGUGUCGCACAAUACUACGCCGCGGCCCUGCUUGCCGCAGUGUCAGCCGUUUCGGCCCAGUCAGUCAAGGGAACCGCGUACGGUUUCGCUACCGGUGUCACAGGAGGUGCUGACGGCGAGGUGGCAUCGCCAAAGUCUGCCUCGGAGCUGGCAGACCUCCUGGCUGACGACGUCGCCCGCGUGAUUGACCUCACCACCACCUACGACUUCACCGGCACAACCAAGACUGGCUCGGGUUGCUCGCCAUGGGGCACCGAGAAGACCUGCCAGCAGGCCCUUGAUGGUGCCAACGACUGGUGUAGCCGUGAGCAGCCGGAUGCCCCCAAGGCCUCCGGCCUGCAGUACGAUACUGCUGCCCUCGACAAGCUGAAGGUCGGCAGCAACAAGAGUAUCAUCUCCUCCAACGGGAAGGGUAUUCUGAAGGGCAAGGGUCUCAGCCUGCAGUCCGGAGCCAAGAACAUCAUCAUCCAGGGUAUCACCAUCACCGACCUGAACCCCGGCCUGGUCUGGGGCGGCGACGCCCUCGAGCUCCAGGGCAACGACGGCGUCUGGAUCGACCACUGCAAGUUCUCCCUGAUCGGCCGCAUGAUGAUUGUGGCGCAUUAUGAGGCAAGCAGAGUGACCAUCUCCAACACCGAGUUCGACGGCGAGACCACGACCUCGGCCACGUGCAACGCCAACCACUACUGGACCAUGAUGUUCUACGGCGACGGCGACCAGGUUACCCUCGACCGCAACUACAUCCACGACUGCUCGGGCCGCGCCCCCAAGCUCGGCGAUGACGGCACCACCUGCUACGUCCAGGCCGUCAACAACGUCUUCUCCAACAUGGAGGGCCACGCCUUCGAGGCCUACGGCUCCGCCACCGCCCUGAUCGAGGGCAACUCGUUCGAGUCCGUCAAGGAGCCCUUCUCCAAGAACGCGCAGGUCGACACGGCCUACACCGUCGCCGACGCGUCCGCCGCCAGCGCGUGCUCCAGCUCCCUGGGCCGCGCGUGCCUGCAGAACACCCUGACUGGCUCGGGCGACUGGCCCUCGCUGGGCGGCGCCUCGACGCUGUCCGCCCUGGCCAAGUACAAGGACAGCCUGCUCACCCCCGUGGCCGUCGACGAGGCCAAGUCGUACGUCCUCGCCAACGCCGGCCCCGAGAACCUGGCCUCGUACACCGGCUACUCGGGCGCCGCCGGCUCCGCCUCCUCGGGCAGCGCCGCCGGCUCCGCCACCGCCUCUGCUGCCCGGCCCACCGCCACCGCCGGCGGUGUCUCCCGGGCCCAGGGCGCGGCUUACCGCUACUACAAGAUGUAAAGGGGCCCAUGACAGGUGCCUUUUUCUUUUGUUGCAGAAAGAUUCUCUUAUGGAGGGAAGACAUCAAUUUUGGCUGUAGAUAUUACCGGCCCCAACCAACAUUUGAACCCUCUAUGUACAUAUAUAUAUUCCCCGGUGCGCCUUCAUAGGUCCCGGCUUCAGUCCUAGCGACGUAAAAUAUUAGCAUUGUUCAAACCCACAUCCGUCUUGACCUUAGUUGUCCAGUGAAUGUUCUUCUGUGUGGUUGUCAAGCUAGCUGAGAACAUUGAACCCUCGAUGUUGUGUGCCGCGCGGCCCGGCUGUGAAAUGCACUGCAUGAACCUGCGUAGAGCAACAUCCAAGCCAUUGCUCCACUAGUGGUUUUUCCGUGGGAUGCCAUGUGGUGGGCGCACGGUUCUUAGUUCGAGUCAUUUGGAUGGCGUUGGGCGUCGCGCGAGGUUGGAACCGCCCCACCGGUGAUGGUCUCGCGUGUCUAUCGGAGGUUCUUAGGCGAGCCGGGAGAUGCGAGCCCUGGAGCCCGGGGGCUCGGGCAUUUCACGACUAACGCGAGAGUGGGCAUUUCUUGGCGCGUGCUUUUGGCCCGCUCGGUAGGUUGGACGCCAGACUGGAUUGGGAAUGCACUCGUGCACGUACCGUCGGCCAGGUCGGCGGUCAUGUCAUAUCUCACGUUUUCGGGUGCAGAAAUACGGGUUCAAAUCGGGAGGUGGAAUCGCGUGACGAUGAGCCAAAGAUGGGGGCGGGGGCAAAUCCCAGAUACACGAGAAAGAAGCGUGCCGUAUCCGGGGUGGUCUUGUACACGGGCUGUGGGGAAUUUUGGAUGGAGCAUAAGAGUUCGAACCAUCUACCUUAUCCCAUCGGAUGCUUUCCUAUAGGAUGUUAUUCCGUAGGAUGUUAUCCCACAGGAGGUUAUCCCAUUAGAUGUUUUCCUAUAGGAGGUUAUCCCCACGGGAGGUUAUCCCACAGGAUGUUAUCCCAUUGGAGGUUAUCCUAUAGGAGGUUAUCCUAUAGGAGGUUAUCCUAUGAGAGGUUAUCCUAUGAGAGGUUAUCCCUUGGGGCUUGGGUAUAUCCUCCGUUUUGGUUCUGGAUAUAAUAUCAUGCGGCUGAUAUUACUAUGUCAGACCCGGUGACUCGGUGCCGGCUGGCCAGGGUGGUCCUGGCAUUGAUGAGCCCGGGAUCUUGGGCGAUUCCAAAGUUUGCUGAUCCCCCAGCCAAGGUGUUACAUGUAGACUGCUCCGUACAGCCAGUCUUGU